GCUAGGCAACCUCUAAAAACACCACCAUCUCAAACAGCAGAGAAACACUUUUAUUCCUCAUUUCAUGGAAAAGGAAUUGCACCAGCGAGCAGAAAUAUGUCUCCCUCGAAAAAAGAAGGUUUUGGAGUCCUUCCACUCAAACACCUUCCGGAUAUUUGAUGAAACGUUACCGGAGCGUCUUGAUCCAACCGAUGUCUAUCAGAACCAUAAAUAUCUUGUGAGAGACCCACAAGAGAAUGAGAUGUUAAAGAGUCACAACAUCCCACAUCCUGUAAAUGCCAAAUUCAUCAGAACAAACGUCAGAUUCCUCAAUGAACCCGUCGCUCACAUGGAGACAAGACACACUAUGGCAGAACAGUUUAACUGGUGGUCAGGCUUAACUAAUCAAGAUGUUCCCGGCAAAGCUCCUUACAGUAAAGCCACAACUCAGAGAUGUGAUUUCCAGCCUGUUAAAGACGUUCCGGUCAUCAGAUUACGAGAAUCAAACAGACCCCCAGCUUUAGGAAUUAUUCCAACGAUAAGUUUCAUUGAUCAACCAGACAGUCCUCUUCAUUCUGGAAGACACAUGACCGACCCGACCACGCGUGACAGGGCGUUCGUGUGGGGAGUCAGGGAGGCGGGGGGGCCCGGUACAUUCCAGAGAGCAGCCGGUCCACCAUCGCCCUCGGCAGGGACGGCUAACCAGCUGAAGUGAGAGAGAACAGAUGUGAGAGAGAUGAGAGGCCCUGCGUCCAGAAACACCCCAGAGAUAGACGCUCCCACAGACCGACGGGAAUCCGAUCCUUAACAUGUCCAGAAUCUCCAUCACUGUUGGUGGAAAAACCAAAACUUCCUCCACAGUAAAUGAAACAAUAAAUCUAAGCUGCAAAAUC